AUGAAGGCGACAGGCGGAGGCAGGCCCUGGUGGCUGGGGCCCCUGCUCGGCGCCUGCCUGGCCGCCCUCCCCGGCAGCACCGCCUGUCCCAGGCUCUGCGCCUGCUACGUCCCCACCGAGGUGCACUGCACGUUCCGGUACUUCACCGCCGUCCCGCCGCACAUCCCUCCAAACGUGGAGCGCAUCAAUCUGGGUUACAACAGCUUGCUUAAACUGACGGAAACAGAUUUUUCUGGCCUGGAGAAACUGGAGUUACUGAUGCUGCACAGCAAUGAGAUAAAUGCAAUCCCUGAUAAGGUGUUCAGUGAUUUAUAUUCGUUACAGGUCUUAAAAAUGAGUUAUAACAAGGUCAGAGUACUUCAGCAGGAUGUUUUUUAUGGUCUAAAGAGCUUGGUACGGCUGCACAUGGACCACAAUAAAAUUGAAUUUGUAAAUCCCAACGUUUUCUACGGACUCACAUCACUGAGGUUGGUUCACUUGGAAGGAAAUUUAAUUAAGCAGCUUCAUCCAGAUACUUUUGUCACCUCGUGCUAUAGCCAAAUAUUUAAAAUAUCCUUCAUGAAGCACAUAUAUUUGUCAGACAAUGUGUUGACUUCACUACCACAAGAGAUGUUUUCCUACGCAUCUGAGCUAGAGAGCAUUUACCUUCACGGAAACCCGUGGUCCUGUGAUUGCAAUCUACAGUGGUUUGCAGAAUGGGCAAAAGAGAGACCAGAUGUUAUAAAGUGCAAAAAAGACAGAAGUUCUGGUGCUCAGCAAUGCCCAGUUUGUGCUAGUCCCAAAAACCGUAAAGGGAAAAGCUUAGUGGAUAUUCCUUCUGCAUCUUUAACCUGCACUAAGCCAGCCAUACAGGACUCCGUGAAAUUUAAAAACCUCACAGUGCCCGAUGAUGGAGAUUUCAGUUCCGUAUCUGCCGAGGACUUCAUAGCUCCUAUAGGAUCCAUGGUUUUGAACAUGACUGACCAAGCAGGAAGUCGAGGUAACUUGGUUUGCAACAUCCAAAAACCUAAAGAAAUGUCUCCCAUCUCAUUUGACAAAGACGGCAACAAUACAGUACUCAAAACAUCUUUCUCAGCAUUCCUUGUGUGUGGCAUUGAUUAUGAACAUAUUCAGCAGCUGUGGAGCAUACUGGCACUGUACAGUAAUUCUCCCUUAAAACUGGAAAGGAAUGUCCUAGCAACUAACAUGCAUUUUAUUAGUUACAAAUACAAACAAAUCUACUCUGAAAAAGACGAACUUUUUACCAAUAUUGAGACUGAACUGAGAGCUGAACCAUCUUGGUUAAUGCAAAGCAAAGUGGCAUUACAGCUAGACAGGACGGCAACCACACUUAACACAUUGCACAUCCAGUACUUUACAGAUGUGCGGAUUAUUUUGCCCAGUGCUGACAAAAAACAGGUGAGAAAUAACUGGACCAUCAUCUCCAGGGACAACAAAACACAAAUGGAGCACACUGUUCUAGUUGGGGGGAGCGUAGAACUAGAGUGCCGAGCAAUUGGGGAACCAGCUCCUGCAAUAGAGUGGAUACUGGCUGAUGGGAGCAAAGUUAGAGCUCCUUAUAUCAGCGAGGAUGGAAGAAUCGUAGUAGUUAAAACUGGAACAUUCACGUUACGGACAGCUGAUACUUUCGACGCUGGGCUUUAUCACUGCAUAGGCACAAAUUACGACGACGCAGAUACUCUCACAUUUAGAAUAACUGUGGUCGAUCCUCACGUGGAGCACAAUAGUGUAAAUGGAGCCCAACUUUCCACGUUUGUUGGCAGCACGCUCUACCUUCCCUGUACAUCCACUGCUGUUCCAGAUGCUGCCGUUAGCUGGGUGUUACCUGAGCAUGCGAUUCUUCAUCAUUCUGUAGGAAACAAACAUGUUUUUGACAACGGUACCUUGAGAAUCCAAGGGGUCACAGAGCGAGACAGUGGCUACUUUAGAUGUGUUGCAGCCAACCAGUAUGGUGUUGAUCUUUUGGUUUUCCACGUGCUAGUUAGAACGGCUGAAACCACUCUAAAGAAGCAGCACGUAGCUGCGGGAGAAUGGGAAGAGGGCGACGGCUCUGGCAAUGCAAUGCUGGCCUCUGCUACAACACAGAAACAUCCUUUAGCUACUCUAGCUACCUUGACAGCUAAUCAGGAAUCUGCUGCUGCAGCAUCCAGGAAUCGGGUCGCGCAGAGUGCACGUAAAAGGAACACCUAUGGGAAAAUGACUUACAGGCACUACAGGGACAAAAUAAGCAGGCGGUUUAGAGGACAGAGAAGACAGUUUGUUUCCUCAGCCAGGAGAGUCGAUCCACAGCGCUGGGCAGCCCUUCUGGAAAAAACAAAGAGGAACUCAACAUUGAUAGAAAAACGAGGAGCAGUUGCAACGAAACCACCUAUUCAAGUCCGUAAGUUCUCAGAAGUACGUGGGGAUGAGGAGGAAACAUCUGGUGAUCACAUAUCUCCAGAAGAAGAGUUCAUGAUACCAGUAACAGAGACGGCCACUGGAUCUACUCCGGGGAGAGCAAUGGAAAGCGUGAUAACUGCAGGGCCUGAGAUGACCACGAGUAACACUCCUGCUAGGAAAACUGCUCUCCUGGUUGCAGAGGCAGUAACUCCCCUACCCUCUCCUUUUUCACAGUUUCUGUCAUCUGACAGCAGAAGGCCACAAACAUACCUGAAACCUACAGUUACAAACUCAUGGGAAAGAUCUGACUUAAGUCAAAUAUUGGCAAAUGGUAUAAAACAAUCAGCUGUGUCAUAUGGAGCAAGUAGAACAUCUACACUCUUCCCUGCUGGGCAAAGGUUGGUAUAUUCUGGGGAAAGUAAAAACCAGCAUUUAACAUCUGUAUCUACGACACCCCUGACAGAUGUUGCAGACACCAGCAAGUCUGUAACUUCCCAAAACGCAGUGGGCAAGCUACAUGUUUUUACUGAGUCUAUUGAUAAGAUUUCCACCCAAACAGAUCACCAGAUACCUGUAGUGACAGUCAGUGAACGAAGUCCUGAAUUUGGUCACAUUUAUUUUCAUAGUACUCAGAAACGAGUAACUCCUAAGCCACCGUUGGCCUCAACUGUCAUUGCUCAUCAGCAAAUUCGGAUUAGUCAGGAUGUUACAACUCGUACGCCCCAGGCCCAGCAGCAAUAUGGAAGACGAAGGAAAAUUUCUGGUAGGAGACGAAUUGUUAGACCAGGACAUAUUCCAAGUAGGAAAGAGCACAGAUACAAUUUUGGGAGGCCAGGAUCUGUCAGAGGAAGUACAGCUGCGGCUGCAGAUGUUCAACUGCAUAUGAAAUACGUAUCAAGUUUACAAACCUUAAAUAAUGUAAGCAGCUCCAUCAACCCAUUUAGCCCAGGAGCACCUCUGUCCUCCCCCUCUACCAUGAAUAUGCCAUUGGAGCACUCAGCAGGUACUCCUCAAAACACAGCAUUCCUCAGGGAAGUGGAAAAUGAACCUAAUGCAAGGCAAAAAGCUGCUACGACAGUUGUGCCUUUCGUUACAAAGGAUCUUGCAACUGCUGCAACCAAAGAAACGGAUGUAACAAGUGUGAAGCCAACAGUUACACCUAUUAUUACUCCGCAAACUGAUACUAAAGUCAUCAGAAGUAAAAUAUUCAGAAUAGGAAGAAAGAGAGGUCAGAGGAGGAAGAGGCCCCCUAAAGCAUCUACUUCACAAAGCGUGACUGCAGUUAAAUCAUUAAUUACGCCUACAAGUCUUACGCCUGCAAAACCUCUCUCUGAGAGCGCAAGUGCAGCCUCAGCAACAGAAAUGCCAGCACUGUGGAUCCUUAGCACACCAGAGGCACCUCAGCACGUGCCCACAGCAACUGCGCAGGCGUCAGCGAUGCCUGUCACACGGAGGAACAUCCAGCCAGCCACAUCACCACCCGACAGUCGUAUCGCUCAGGGCCCCACCACGCCAAUCCAAACCACACCACUGCUUUCAGAGCCUUUCAGUGCCACAAGCACAGGACCUGCCACAGUCUGUGCAACGUCUGGGUCAGAACCGGCUCAGCAAAUCAAAGCCACCACAGCGGCAGGUGAAAAAUCACACCCAAAAAUGGAAGAGAGAGUUAUCCAAGAAAACCACAUAGCACAGCCCACAUUCCCAGCAAGAACCAAGUCAAGUACCAGAGUUCCUGCUGCAACCAGAGACAUCACUCCUCCCAGCGCUCAGCAUCCCACCCCACUGCCAGCCUUAACAGCAGUUGUGCCGCCUGCACGUGCUGCGAGAACCACCUCGCCUCCACGGGGGGAAAUCAAAUUCUGGCAGAAGCCCUCUGCAAAAGUCACAGAGAGAGGCAACACAUUGACAGUUAAUGCACUGACCAUACCGAAGGCAUCACAGAUCGCGACUCCGUAUGCUCCGCUGUGGGGAAGGCACAAGGAGAGUUCUGUCAAAGGCUGGUCUGAAAAGAGACAAGUUCAAGAAACUACUACCACCAAUCCUAUAGCCUUGGGCUCUUUAAGCAGAAAUCAUUUUGCAAAGCCCAGAAUAAUUGGAGGAAAAUUAGCUGCUUUUACUGUGCUAGCUAAUUCAGAUGCUUUUAUUCCUUGUGAAGCUACCGGUAGCCCCCGUCCAACAAUACAGUGGACCAAGAUAUCAUCAGGGACCGAUGCUCUGGAGAGCCGAGCUGACGGCAGAUGGAUGGUGUUUGCCAACGGAACGCUCUUCAUUGCCCAGGUGGGCCUGGAGGACCGCGGGCAGUACCUGUGCACCGCGGCCAAUGCACACGGCGUGGCACAGCUCCUGGUCACCUUGUCGGUAGUGGCCUACCCACCUCGCAUCACCGGUGGCAGGUGGCAGCUCCUCACCGCUCACUCCGGAAAGCCCUUGGCAAUGAAGUGCAGAGCUGAGGGCAGGCCUCCUCCCACCGUCUGGUGGGUUCUAGCAAAUAAAACGCACAUCUCUGACUCUUCCACAGGAAAUAACAAAGUUCAUGUGGAACCAGAUGGCACUUUAAUUAUCAAGGAAGUCACUGUUUACGACAGGGGCCUCUACACAUGCAUGGCUAAAAACCCCGCGGGCACUGACACGCUGGUUGUAAAACUGCAGGUCAUUGCGGCACCUCCCGCUAUUCUGGAAGAGAAGAGACAACGCGUUGAAGGAAUGAUGGGGGAAGAUCUGAAACUCCCUUGCACCGUGAGAGGGAAUCCUCAGCCCAGUGUCCACUGGGUCCUCUUCGACGGCACCGUGGUGAAACCUCUGCAGCUUGUAAAUGCAAAGCUGUUCCUGUUCUCCAACGGUACCCUCCACCUCAGCAGCAUCGCCCCUUCUGACAGCGGGAAUUACGAGUGCAUAGCCACAAGCUCGACUGGCUCGGAAAGGAGGGUGGUGAGCCUCGUGGUGGAACACCGAGAUACGCUUCCAAAAAUAGCUGCCGCCUCUCAGGAAAUGACUCAGUUGAAUUUUGGGGAUAAGUUGCUUCUGAACUGCACAGCGACUGGGGAGCCAAAGCCCAGGAUCAUCUGGAGGUUACCCUCCAAGGCAGUUGUUGACCAGUGGCACAGAAUGGGAAGUCGAAUCCAUGUGUACCCCAAUGGAUCCUUGGUUAUUGAGGCAGUUACUGAAAAGGAUGCAGGUGACUAUUUGUGUGUCGCAAGAAACAAAAUAGGAGAUGAUCUGAUACUGAUGAAAGUCAGCAUCACAAUGAAACCAGCCAAGAUUGACCAGAAACAGUAUUUCAAGAAACUGGUGCCAUACGGAAAAGAUUUCAAAGUGGACUGCAAGGCCUCUGGGUCACCCACACCAGAAAUAUCCUGGAGUUUGCCAGAUGGGACGGUGAUCAAUAACGCGAUGCUGGCAGAUGACAGUGGACGCAGGACUCGCAGAUACGUCCUUUUUGACAAUGGAACUCUGUAUCUCAACAAAGCUGGAGUAACAGAAGGAGGGGAUUAUACCUGCUAUGCGCAAAACACACUGGGAAGAGAUGAAAUGAAGAUACGCGUCACGGUCAUCAUGUCAGCCCCUCAGAUAAAGCACAAUUACAAGACAUAUGUUAAAGUGAAAGCUGGAGAUACGGCAUUACUGGACUGUGAAGCUGCUGGAGAACCCAAGCCAAAAAUAUUCUGGUUGCUACCGUCCAGUGACAUGAUCUCCUCGUCAACAGCCAGACACUUCCUGCACCUCAAUGGCUCUCUAUCAGUCCGUCAAGUCAAACUGUUAGAUGCUGGGGAGUAUAUGUGUGUUGCUCGUAAUCCUGGAGGGGAUGAUACAAAAUUGUAUAAACUGGAUGUUGUUGCUAAACCACCUAUCAUAAAUGGCUUAUACGUGAACAAAACAAUCAUGAAGGUGACGGCAGUGAAGCAUUCAAAGAAACAAAUUGACUGUAGGGCAGAAGGGACACCUCCCCCUCAGAUUAUGUGGAUCAUGCCUGAUAAUAUUUUCCUAACAGCUCCGUAUUACGGGAGCAGGAUUGUAGUACACAAGAAUGGGACACUUGAGAUUCGGAACAUAAGGCUUUCUGACACAGCAGAUUUUAUCUGUGUGGCACGUAAUGAUGGAGGAGAGAGUAUGUUGGUGGUGCAGCUGGAGGUAUUAGAAAUGCUAAGGCGACCGAUGUUUAAAAAUCCAUUCAAUGAAAAAAUAAUAGCAAAACCUGGACAAGCUACCACAUUGAAUUGUUCUGUGGAUGGAAACCCACCACCUGACGUAAGCUGGAUGUUGCCUAAUGGCACGUGGUUUUCCAGCAGCAUCAAGACCUCCCAGUUCCUCACAGGAAGCAACGGUACCCUUACCAUCUAUAAUCCUGAUAGAGACAAGGUGGGAAAGUAUCGCUGUGCUGCCAGGAAUAACGUUGGCUAUAUCGAAAAGCUGAUCAUCCUGGAGGUUGGCCAGAAGCCCAACAUUCUCACUCGCCCAGCGGGGCCAGUGAAGGGCAUUAGCGGGGAGUCAUUAUCGCUUCACUGCCUGUCUGAUGGGAGUCCCAAACCAAAUACGGCGUGGACUCUGCCAGGUGGCUCCGUGCUGGAUCGACCGCAGAUCAACAGGAAAUACGCACUGCUGGAAAACGGUACUUUGGUUGUACGAGAAGCCACCAUUCACGACAGAGGAGAUUAUGUGUGUAAGGCCCACAAUAAUGCCGGAGAUUCCUCUAUAACUGUUCCUGUCGUUAUUGUAGCCUAUCCCCCGAGGAUUACGAACAGACCACCGCAGACCCUACACACGAUGCCGGGUGCAACGCUUCAGCUCCACUGCACAGCUCUGGGAAUACCCAAACCAGAAAUUACCUGGGAAUUACCUGGCCACUCGGUACUCUCUACAGGUCACCAAGGCCGAGCAUCUGGGAGCAAACUGCUUCGCCCCCCGGGGACAUUACUCAUCCAGAACCCCCGACCCUCAGAUUCUGGCGCAUACAAGUGCACAGCAAAGAACCAUCUUGGCAGUGAUUUCGCAGUAACAUAUGUUCAUGUCAUCUGA